GCCAGACCCCCGGGGGGCGCGGUGCGGGCGGGCUGAGGGCCACUCGCCGCCGCCUCAGGCUCUUGCAGCACCAGGAGCCGCGCCGUCCCCGCCGCCGCUGGGACUCCCUCCCCGGGCAGAGAGGGGGAGAAUGACGGAGCUCCAGUCCGCCUUGCUACUGCGGAGACAACUAGCAGGCUACUUGAAGUCGCAAUGCAGAGACUGAGCUUCAUGAUGUCUCAUCUUCCUUACCUACUGCUGACUGUCUUCUUCCAAGUCUCAGCUGCUCCAGUGUAUCCCUUUGUUUACACCCACAUUACUUACUCUACCUCAGAACAAAAAUCAGCAUUGUGGUAUUCUUUCCCCUGGUGGGCUGAUACUUCAGUCCUUCUGCUACAUGCAGCUUUUGUGUUGUAUCAAGUGUGAGCUCAACAAAAAUCCAGUGGAAGGCUUUUCAGCGGGCUUAAUAGAUGACAAUGAUCUUUAUCGAUGGGAAGUCCUUAUUAUUGGUCCUCCAGAUACACUAUAUGAAGGUGGUGUUUUCAAGGCUCAUCUUACUUUUCCAAAAGACUAUCCACUGAGGCCGCCAAAAAUGAAAUUCAUCACAGAAAUCUGGCAUCCGAAUGUUGACAAGAAUGGCGAUGUCUGCAUUUCAAUUCUUCAUGAGCCUGGAGAAGACAAAUAUGGCUAUGAAAAACCUGAGGAACGCUGGCUUCCCAUUCACACAGUGGAAACUAUAAUGAUUAGUGUUAUUUCUAUGCUGGCGGAUCCCAAUGGUGAUUCUCCUGCUAAUGUUGAUGCAGCGAAAGAAUGGAGAGAAGACAGAAAUGGAGAAUUUAAAAGAAAAGUUGCCCGCUGUGUAAGAAAAAGCCAAGAAACUGCUUUUGAGUGACACUUAUUCAGCAGCUAGUAGCUUCACUUUUUUCAGGGUCUCCAAUUGAGAAACAUGGCACUGUUUUUUUUCCUGCACUCUACCCACCUAUUGCUGGACUUCUGUUGUUACAAGUUGGCAAACACUGGCUGGAACUGGGCUGCAAUAAAACAUGCCAGUUAUCAAUGCUGACAAGAGCCUAACAAGUGCCAACACAAGAUGAUUACGCAUUUUGAAAUCUAAUGAACUGCUUUAACCUUCAGGAAGAAUUGUAAAGAUGUGUACAUAGCACAACAUGAUCCGGAUAAUAUAUAUACUGUUCAUGUACAUCCACAAAUACACAUUGUACCAAAUAAUGCUGUCUGUAGUUAGGAAUAGAAUCGUGUAAAUUCUAAAGAUUUUAGCAGGUUUUUCUCUCCCUAUUCAUUGUUUCCUAUCAGUUUGAAAAAAAAAAAAAAACCCCCAACAAAAACAGCAACAACUUGUGAAGCAUGUCAAACUAAACCCAAUUAGGAUAAAGUUGUUUUGUUUUUUUCCCUCCCCACUUAAUUUCCUUUGACCCACUGAGGCUUAAUUAAAAUCUCUUGCUUAUUAAAGUUUAGUAUCUCUUUUUUGGUUUUUGGAAAUGUGCUCCCUUUUAUUUCCCCCAUCAGAACUUAAAAUUUUGCUAAUUAAACCCUGAAAGGAUUUGCUGUCGAUUACUUGUGUCUUCUUUUAUGAUGACCUUUGUAGUCUCAAAGGUACUCUUUUUUUUUUUCUUCCCACUCCUUUUCUAAACCCAAUUGCGCAUACUUAUUGAAUUGGGUAUAGCAAUAAAACUGGCCAUGGAGCACCCUUGAGCAGCCGGCUGGAUUUUUAACUUCCAAGGGACUUGAGUGCUUUCAUUUGGAAGUUCAGUUGACUAAGUUAGUCCAAGAUAGAAAUGAGCUGCUUUUUAUGGGUGAUUUUUUUUUCUCUUCCUUUUUCAUUGCCUGUUUGUGGGGUGGGGUGUGUGUGGGGGAGGCUUGUUUUUUCUCAAGGUUGAGUUCAAGCAUGCACAUCUGUAGGCUUUCAAAUGACUAACUUCUGGGUUUGGUAUCAAAAAUAGUUUCCCUCCUUUUCCCUUUUCUCUUUUCUGUGGCCCUUCAUCUUCUUUGCCUUCCACUUCAGAGUUUUCCUCACCUAAUGUACAAAGAAAAUUGCGAUGUAUAUUUUCAUGUAAUUUGAUUUUUGGAAUUCUGUCACCUUCUGUAGUGAGUUCUUCCAAAAAUAUAAUUUUUUCCAAUAA